AUGUCUUCAACCUCGAGGCGCAGAUUAAACCAUGACAACAUCAACCCUCAUGUCAAGGCUGCCAAAUAUGCAGUGAGGGGUGAGCUCGCCGUCAAGAGCGAGGAGUUCCGUGCAAAGCUCACAAACGGUGACUCCGACUUGCCUUUCAAGGAGGUCAUCUCGGCCAAUAUCGGAAACCCCCAGCAGCUGGACCAGAAGCCCAUCACCUUCUUCCGCCAGGUCCUCAGCAUCUUGGAGAACCCACUCCUCCUUGAUCACGAGGAUGUUCUCCUGAACCACCUCGGCUACAAGUCCGACGUUGUUGCCCGGGCAAAGUGGCUUCUCAGCAAGGUUGGGUCCGUCGGCGCAUAUAGCGCCAGCAACGGUGCUCCGGCCAUCCGCCAGAGCAUUGCCGACUUCCUAGAGAGGCGUGAUGGAUUUCCCGCCAAGGAAUCCGAUAUUUACCUGUCUGCCGGUGCAUCAUCUGGCGUCAACACUCUUCUUCACGUCAUUUGCUCAGACAAGAACUCUGGCGUGCUUGUCCCCAUCCCGCAGUACCCCUUGUACACAGCGUCGCUGUCCCUGCUUGACGCGCAAUGCGUGCCUUACUACUUGGACGAGUCCAAGAACUGGGGCACCAGCAUGGAGACCAUCAGGGCUGCCCAUGAUGAGGCCAAGGCCAAGGGUACCGAUGUGCGCGCCAUCGUCGUCAUCAACCCUGGAAACCCUACCGGUGCCUCGCUGUCCGAGGAGGACAUCCGUGGCAUCAUCGAGCUCGCGCGUGCUGAGCGUCUCGUCGUGAUGGCGGACGAGGUGUAUCAGACCAACGUGUUUGUUGGCAAGUUCCACUCAUUCAAGCGGGUCCUCCGCCAGCUGCAGAAGGAGAACCCUGACGGCAAGUAUGAUGAGGUUGAGCUCGCAUCGCUGCACUCUGUAUCCAAGGGCAUGGUAGGCGAGUGUGGCCACCGUGGCGGCUACUUUGAGCUCGUCAACUUUGACGAGAAGGUGCAGGCUGAGAUUUACAAGUUUGUCUCUAUCAUGCUGUGCGCCCCCGUCAUCGGCCAGUGCCUGGUCGAGCUCAUGGUCAACCCGCCCAAGGAGGGCGAGCCCAGCUACGAGCUGUACAAAAAGGAGUACGACGGCAUCUUUGAGGGCCUCAAGGCACGCGCCACCGCCUUGCACAAGGCCUUUGCCGAGAUGGAGGGCGUCGAGUGCGACACUCCCCAAGGCUCAAUGUACCUCUUCCCGACCAUCAACGUCCCUCAGAAGGCUGCCGCCGAGGCCGAGAAGGAGGGCCGUACGCCCGACGAGUUUUACUGCAUGCGUCUGCUCGAGGCCACGGGCGUCUGUGUCGUGCCUGGCAGCGGAUUCGGGCAGAAGCCCGGCACCCUCCACCUACGCACCACUUUCCUCGCUCCCGGUACAGAGUGGGUGGGCAGCAUUGUCAAGUUUCACAAGGAGUUCAUGGACAAGUACAGGUAG